UUAGCAGUCACAUUAUUCACACCUCAAUCUGCAUCUAGCACUCACAUGUCUACCUUCCUCCUGUCUUGUUUUCCUCCGUGUUCGUAAAGGUAAUCAGCGGCCCUUCCAAUCCAGUCAUGACGGGCAUUCACAACGGCACCAAGCUAGACAACGCCACCCUUUAUCUGUUUAUGAAUGUAAACACCAGCAUCCUCAUUUCUGUCAGCUACAUGAUCGUCACUGCCAUUAACAUAGUGGGAAAUGGUAUUUCUAUUUGGCUCCUCCUCUUCUUUACCUCGCCCAAGACGCCCUCCAUCAUCUUCAUGAUUAAUCUCACCCUCACCGACUUGGCCCUCGGCGCUGCCCUGCCCUUUCAGAUUGCCUACCAGCUCCAAGGAUACAACUGGAAUCUGGGACCCAUUAUGUGCAGUUUCUUGACGCUCGUCUUCUACAGCAAUAUGUACUGUUCCGUCCUGACCAUGAUGGCCAUCAGUAUUGACCGCUACCUGGGCAUCGUCCGGCCCAUGCUGUUCAGACAGAUCAAGAGGAGGAAGUCCGUCGCUGUCAUCAGUUGCCUCCUCAUGUGGGGUUUGGUCCUGAGCACUCUGUACCCGCUGAUGACUACAGACUUGACCUUUGAAAUUCCUGACCUCGGGAUCACCACAUGCUUCGAUGUGCUGAAGAGAAACAUGCUCCCGUCCACGGGGGCCUGGGCAGCCUUCCUCUUCAGCAUGCUGUUCCUCCUCUUCCUCCUCCCUUUCUGUGUCACAACAUUCUGCUAUCUAAGUGUCAUACACAAACUGGCUAGAGAUUCCAAGACAGCCCAGAAGAAGAGAGCGAUACGUCUGGCUUUCAUUGUUCUCCUGGUCUUCAUCUUUUGCUUUGCACCCAACAACAUCCUGCUGUUGACUCACACUGUGCUGAGACUCUUCUAUAAGGAGUCUGUGUACACGGCCUACAAACUGUCCCUCUGUUUCAGCUGCCUGAAUAGCUGCCUCGAUCCGUUCAUUUACUACUUUGCUUCCAAGGAUUUCAGACAAAAGCUGAGACAGAUAAUGAAUCUGCAGAGCCUGAGUAGUGCGGACUCAAUGAAGAUGGAGCAUAAAGAGACUGUUUACUCGACACAGUGCAUGCUUACAGGUCAAGUGAGAGAACACAACGAGAUGUCUUUGAUGCAACGGCACACCAUAGCAUAGAGACAGGGAAUGUGAGAAAAGGGAAAAAAGAGUGAGAUAGUUGUGAGAAAGGAAGUGAGAGAAAAGGUACUCAGAGGUAGUCCUGACUGUUAAAAGCUGUUACAACAUAUUUCCUUUGGACAAAUUGCUAAAUAGUUUUACUGCAGUUUUUUAUUUGCACCACAGAACAAAUUAACCUGUACCACAGUCUAGUCUCCUUGCCAAAAUGAAUCUUUAUUUCUGUUUUACCGUAUGUGGGUUGUUUUUUUGUUUGUUUGUUUUAAAGAAUGAGCAACCAUUCAUUGUCUGUUUAUUUUAUUUUAUUUUAUUAUUUUAAUAUCUGACACAAGCUUCAUAAUAGUUAAAGAACAAAUAUAACAGAUACUGACAAAAAAAUAUGUAGCAUGCACACAUAUAAAUAAAAUGUGAAUAAAGUGUUUGUAUUUCAUUAGCCUUUCACUGGCUGAACAUAGAUGACUUUUCAACAUUUUUACCUCUGUACCUCUGUUUAUAUACGAAUGACUAUAGCUUCCUUUUCACCUUUCUAACUCUUUUGACGUCCCUGUUCUUAUUUUUAUUUACUUUUUUU